UAAUCAUCUUUAUGAAAGACCCAACCAAACUUUUAUGGCAGCUAUCAAAAACAAAUCAGAGAACCCCGAAAGACGUGAAUUUCACUGAAUUAUGGAGGUGGACAACGAAGGAGAAACUGAAAUGGCCAGCCUGGAACUAGAGGAUGAUGAUGACUUGACUCUGGAACAAGUACUGGAGAUGAUGGAAGUGGCCUGGCUGAAUGAGAAGUUUGCCCCCGAAAUCCUGCCUCAUAAGCGGGAAAUUGUGGAACUCCUCCUCGGCCAGAUCACCUACUUGGAGGAGAGGCUGCAACAACUUCCCAGCACUGACUUUAAAAAAGGUAUCCACCAAAUGGAGAUCGACAGGCUGCGCUAUUUACUGACCAGCUAUCUGCGUCUAAGGCUGGAGAAGAUCGAGACCUUCCACAAGCAGAUCCUGUUGGAGGAGGAAAAGCGCGCCGAUGAGAAUGAGGCUCUGUAUCUGAGCCCGAAAGAGCUGGAAUUUGCGCAGGAAUUCGAGCAAGAUCUGGAGGCCCACUUAGCCGCCAAUAUGAACUUCUGCCCCAACUGGCAGGAGUCAACGGCGACCGAGCGCAUUGUGCAGCCCAACCUCAAUAGCAUGGUGUUCCUGAAGGCGAAAAAAGAUGUCGAGGGCAUUGCGAUUGACGAUGGAAAGGCUGAGAGCUCCGAUCUAAUUGAUUUGGCCAGCGGAUCUCAAGUGCUGAUCAACUACAAUAAUGUGGCUUCUUUAGUGAAAAAUGGUGAUGUUCACCUUAUUUAGCAGUAAAAACCUUUAUUUCCA